UCAUUGAAAAGGCGAGAGCUCCUAUUUAAGAACUUGUUUGCCUCUUUUUUGGCCACCGUUAGCCGUGGACAAUUUUCGCGUUUAGCGGAAGGAAACAAUUAUUGCGGCCAGUAGUUUCAGGAUAACGCGCGAGUGAAGGUCAAAAGGUUCAUUCGCCUUUGCAUGCAUGGUACAAAGUCACGUACAAUGCACUCAGAAAACUAAUUUCUAUUGAAAAAGUUUGCUUUCAUUAGAGCCAAACCCCCUAAAAUUCAGACUUUGCAACUUUGCGUCCCCUGAAGGACACUGAAAGUUUGUGAUUUGCGAAGGAACAUGAAAUGGUUUUGCACAAUGGGAUCCCGAACACACCCCCGAAAACGCCUACUCUCGUACCAGUCGUUUGUAAACAUAACCAGUCUGUCCUGUUCCGCGGCGUAGCUGACUGUGAUUGGCGCGUAAAUCGAGUCCAACUAGUUUGGACAACAAAGUUUUCUGUUUGGCUUCCAAGUUUACGCCGCACAUUUAGCUCCCGUGACCACGCAGUUAUCAAAGAUCAAGCUUUUAUCGAAUCUACCAGUCGAAAAAUUGUGGCCAAGUUGGGCAAAUAAUGCUCUCUGCGUUUCGUUUUGUACAGGUAGCAGCUAAAAGAUCCAUCUACACAUCGACAAGCGCAAUGGGUUCUUUGAAAGUCGCCGUGAUCGGCCAGUCCCAGUUUGGUUUAGAAGUUUACAAAAAUCUUCGCUUAAAAGGCCACGAGAUUGUCGGAGUCUUCACUGUUCCUGACAUUAAAGGCAAGCCAGAUGUUCUCGCGGUAGGAGCUGAACAAGACGGAGUGCAAGUUUUUAAGUUUCCGCGGUGGAGAACCAAGGGAGAACCGAUUCCCGACGUGGUAGAUGCGUACAAAGCUUGCGGAGCUGAAUUGAACGUUCUUCCCUUUUGUUCACAGUUCAUUCCGAUGAAUGUGAUUGAUUUCCCUAAACAUGGCUCUAUCAUUUAUCAUCCUUCUUUGCUGCCAAGGCACAGAGGAGCUUCAGCGAUAAAUUGGACCUUGAUGGAAGGAGAUAAACAGGGAGGUUUCAGUGUGUUCUGGGCUGACGACGGCUUGGAUACAGGUCCUAUCCUCCUUCAAAAGAGUGUGGAUAUUGACCCAAACGAGACAGUUGAUACUCUUUACAAUCGCUUCUUAUAUCCUGAAGGCAUAAAAGCCAUGGUUGAAGCUGUUGACCUUAUUGGUGACGGAAAGGCUCCAAGAAUUCCUCAACCAGAAGAAGGAGCAACGUAUGAUAAAAUCUGGAAAAAGAAGGAAGUGGCAAAGAUAAAUUUUGCUCAACCAGCAGAGGUGCUGCACAACUUUAUUCGUGGAAAUGAUAAACUUCCAGGGGCUUGGGCUAUGAUUGAUGGCCAUCAAGUAACAUUCUAUGGUUCAUCAUUGACACCUGGUGAGAAACCUCCUGAGGGUGCACCUGUGACAAUUGAGGGUUUAGACACACCUGCUAUUGUUCACAGUGGUGGUAUGACACUGACUGGAACUGAUGGCAAGAUGUUGACUGUCAAGACACUUCAGCUUGAGGAUGGACGCAUGAUCCAGGCAGCCAAGUUUGGUCAGGCAGAAGAAGCGGCAGAAGCCAUUGAACUUACUGAUGAGGAGAGGGUCAUGGAAGGCAAACUGAGGGAAAUUUGGUCUGGAAUUUUGGCAAAUCCAGACAUUGUAGAAGAUACUGACUUCUUCAAGGCUGGUGCAGGCUCUAUGGAUGUUACCAGGCUUGUUGAGGAAGUGAAAGAAAAGUGCUCUGUAGUACUAGAAGCAGAGGAAAUUUACAUGAAUACAAGAUAUGCAGAUUUUGUUCGUUUGUCUGUCUUGAGAUCUCGUGGCGGAGGCCGAGAGGAAUUCACCUGUGACACUCUUGACAUGGAUGUGAACCACAUGACAGUCUGUAUGCCGUAUCAGUUGUUUAUCAAUGGAGAAUUUGUGGACUCUUCCAGUGGACGUACAUUUGAUUGUAUCAACCCAACUGAUGGCUCUGUACUUACAAAAGUCUCUUUUGCAAGCGUUGAGGAUGUGGAUAAAGCCGUUGCAGCAGCAAAGGAAGCAUUUGAUAAUGGGCCUUGGGGAACAAUGAAUGCAAGAGAUCGUGGACACCUGAUGUACAAGUUGGCUGAUUUAAUGGAAGAACACCAGGAGGAACUAGCCACAAUAGAAUCUCUUGAUUCUGGUGCUGUCUACACUCUUGCUCUCAAGACUCACAUUGGUAUGUCAAUUGCUACACUGCGUUACUUUGCUGGAUGGAGUGACAAGAUUCAGGGACUGACAGUUCCAAUCAAUAAUGCUAAACCCAACAGGAACUUGUGCUACACCAAACGAGUACCAAUUGGUGUGUGUGGGCUAAUUGUGCCGUGGAACUAUCCUCUAAUGAUGUUAGCGUGGAAGAUCUCUCCUCUUUUGGCUGCUGGUAACACAGUUGUAUUAAAACCAGCCCAGGUGACACCACUGACAGCGCUCAAGUUUGCUGAACUUUCUGCCAAAGCUGGAUUUCCAAAGGGUGUUAUUAACAUUUUACCUGGAUCAGGGUCUGUGGUUGGUAAUCGUAUCUGUGCUCAUCCUGAUGUCAGAAAGCUUGGCUUCACUGGGUCGACUGAAACUGGAAAGUCAAUUAUGGAAAGUUGUGCUGUGAGCAAUCUCAAGAAGUGUUCUUUGGAACUGGGAGGCAAAUCACCACUCAUUAUCUUCUCAGACUGUGAUAUGGACAGAGCCGUGAGACAGGGAAUGAUGGCUUGUAUGUUCAACAAAGGAGAAAACUGUAUUGCUGCUGGUCGGCUUUUUGUUGAAGCGUCCAUUCAUGAUGAGUAUGUCCACAGAGUGGUUGAAGAGAUUAAAAAAAUGAAAAUUGGAGAUCCCCUUGAUCGUUCAACAGAUCAUGGCCCUCAGAAUCACAAAGCUCAUCUGGACUCUCUUAUUGAUUACUGCAAGAAAGGAGUGGAGGAAGGAGCAACAUUAGUUUAUGGUGGCAAACAGCUUGACAGGCCAGGUUACUUCUUUGAGCCUACUGUAUUCACUGAUGUGAAGGACAACACGUUUUUGUCUCAGGAGGAAUCAUUUGGCCCAAUUAUGAUUGUUUCUAAAUUUGAAGACGGUGAUGUUGAAGGUGUUUUGAAGAGUGCUAAUGGUACAGAGUAUGGGCUUGCCUCUGGUGUUUUCACUAAAGACUUGAGCAAGGCACUGCGUGUGGCUGAUGGAUUGGAUGCAGGCACAUGUUUUGUCAACACAUACAACAAGACUGAUGUUGCUGCUCCUUUUGGAGGCUUUAAGCAGUCCGGCUUUGGAAAAGACUUAGGGGAAGAGGCACUCAAUGAAUACCUAAAGACUAAAGUGAUCACUGUUGAAUACUGAAAUAAUUCUGUUUGCAUGUCACUGCUAAAGAAGAAAAAGAUGCAAAAUGUUUGUGUUAACUUAGGUGUAACACUAAAAAUAUGAGCCCUAAUUUGACAACUAAAACAUGAAAUCACUCUGUUCUGUGCAAAGCAAAAACAUGACAUACAAGUAAUGAUAGAAAAUCCCAGUCAUGGCAUGUAUUAAUUCUGUAGAGAUCAACUCCCAAUUUCUCCUUGAAACAUUAACCCAAAGUCAUACGUGCUGGUCAUGAUAUGAGAACUGUGAUUAUUACAUGAGAAAUCAGAUUAUUCUAACUACAUGUACUACAUCAGACAUAUCCUGCUAUUUUGACCAGUCUCAACGGGUACAAGUAAACUAGUGAGAAACUGUAGGAG